AUGGUAUCAUUGCAGUCCUUGUUGGGUUUACCACAGCACUGUAAAUUCAGCAGAAAGAAAAAUAUUCAUAAUCCAUGGGCUCUUAGGACUUCUGUAGAUGCACUUUGGCGUCAUGUCAAAAACCUUUCUGUUUCUCUUUCCUUUCUAGCUGCUUUCCUCACACAGACAGUCUGCCUGGAUGAUACAACAGUAAAGUUUGAGAUUUGGGACACAGCCGGACAGGAGCGAUAUCAUAGCCUGGCCCCUAUGUACUACAGAGGAGCCCAGGCAGCCAUUGUCGUCUAUGACAUUACUAACACAGACACAUUCACUAGAGCAAAGAACUGGGUGAAGGAGUUGCAGCGUCAGGCGAGUCCAAAUAUCGUUAUUGCUCUGGCCGCCAACAAGGCAGACCUGGCCAACAAGAGAGCUGUUGACUUUGAGGAGGCGCAGGCAUACGCAGACGACAACAGCCUACUCUUCAUGGAGACGUCUGCAAAGACCGCCAUGAACGUGAACGAGAUCUUCAUGGCUAUCGCCAAGAAGCUUCCGAAGAACGAACCGCAGGGUGGAGCAGGGAGUGGCGGACGGGCCAGAGGAGGGGUCGACUUACAGGAGACAGCACCUCAGGGCAGAAGCGGCCACUGCUGUGGAGGCGGCAACUAACCAUCGGACCAAUCAGCUGGCAGAUGCACCCAAGGACUGAUACAGACACACAAACACAGUAUGAAUCCAUAGUGUGAGAUCCAUUCACUUAUGACCCAGCUCUAAACUAUGGCCAGUUAGACUGUACCAUACAGCUUCAGAACUGGAAACUGGCCAUUGAUACCCUUGUAAAUCAACACGUUAAUGUUUCAACCAGUUAUUCCUCCCAAAAACAGUACAUGCACAUUCAUAUACAAACACAAGCUACGACAUGUCUCUGCCAUCUAUGGUUUUCAAAGUUAUUCAAUUUGUCUUGUGUAGAGUUUGACAAAGCAAAAAGAGACAAACAUGUGAUCAGAUCUAACCAAUCACGCUUAAGUCAAAAGAAAUUCCAGACUGCUGCUGGUGGAAAAACAAGUUGUCUCUCCUUUGUAUUUCCUUAUCCUCAUUUGCUCGUUUGAAUGAAAAAUUUAGUGGCGACGCCACUAUUCAGACUCGCUCUCCCUUUUGGUGGAUGCAUACUGCCAGUAUUGAGUUACACCUCAUCUUUCUCCUGCUCUCCUUGAUCACAUGUCUCCUUUGUCGGAGAGAGGAAAGAUCGGAGAUUGAGAAAACAGGCUAUUUUCCAUCUAUGUCAGGCUGUUCUGUAGAUCCUGUAUUAUUUCUAUUUUAUUAGUCUCUCAGACGUCCACUACUCCAGCACAAAUGAAACCAGUAUAUGAUUUGAUAGGCUAGACUUCUUUUCUAAUCGUUUGCAUAUAUUUACUUGUAUAUCGAAAAUGCAUUAACAGGUGGUAUAACUCCAAUUUGGUUUAGUUUUUUUCCCUUUGCAUUAAUGAAAUGUUUUUGAAAUCAGACUUGGAAAAAAUACAUAUAAAUGACACGAGGCAAAAUCAGCCACCUCUGACCAAUAUCACAAAUAUAUACGAGGGGGAAAAAAGAUAAUGUUGCUGUUUUUGUACUCUUGUUUUUUGUUUUUUUCCUGUGAAUAUGACCCCAAUCAUUAACCAUUUCAAUUCAGCACCUUUGUAAGAAUUUACUUGUUUUUUUACUUAUGGUCUCUUAGAGUGCACUGGGUAUUUCUUUGUCCUCUGACAACAUGUCAUUUUCUGUCAAUAUUGUUCCCUUCUGUUUAAUGUCGCAGGA